AUGGCGCCCUCGCGCUCAAGAACCAGCGCGGUCGCCGAUCCAGACGCGUCAAUGUCAGAUGCUGCCCCAGAGGUCUCGAGAGGACCCGACGAGAUGGAAGUGGAUGAGACUCCCGAUUACACUGACAGUGACACAAAUCCCAACACGACAGCGAGCAGUGUCGCUGGCGAUCACGUCGAUGGUCGCAGGAAACGCUCCGAGGCCAGCCAGCUGCGGCGCAGCAUCUUUGGCAAGAAGCACGAUGCGCUUGGUUCCUCAAAGGAAGACGACAGCAUUCGGCGUUUCAGAUACCUCCUCGGACUGACCGACCUCUUCCGCCACUUCAUUGAGACGAACCCGAACCCAAAACUGCGCGAAAUCAUCCAAGAGAUCGACAGACAAAACGAAGAGAAUGCCGCCAAGCAGAAGAAGAAAGGUGCACGGCAAGGUGGUGCGGCUACGGGCCGCGCCCGCCGGACCGAAGCCGAGGAAGACGCGGAACUGCUCAAGGACGAGCGGCACGGAGGAUCGGCUGAGACCGUCUUCCGUGAGUCGCCAUCAUUCAUCCACGGCACGAUGAGAGAUUACCAGGUCGCCGGCCUCAACUGGCUCAUCUCACUGCACGAGAACGGCAUCUCUGGUAUUCUGGCCGACGAAAUGGGUCUCGGAAAGACCUUGCAGACCAUCUCAUUCCUUGGAUACCUCCGGUACAUCAUGGACACAACUGGACCACACCUCGUCGUCGUGCCCAAGUCAACACUGGACAACUGGCGCCGUGAGUUCGCGAAGUGGACACCCGAUGUCAACGUUCUUGUCCUGCAAGGCGCCAAGGAGGAACGAAAUGCUCUAAUCAACGAUCGCUUGAUUGACCAAAAGUUCGACGUUUGCAUUACGAGUUACGAGAUGAUUCUGCGCGAGAAGUCGCAUCUGAAGAAGUUCGCCUGGGAGUACAUCAUCAUUGACGAAGCCCACCGUAUCAAGAACGAAGAAUCGUCACUGGCUCAGGUCAUUCGUGUGUUCAACUCUCGCAACCGGUUGCUGAUCACUGGCACGCCGCUCCAGAACAACCUGCACGAGCUGUGGGCACUGCUCAAUUUCUUACUGCCAGAUGUGUUUGGCGACUCGGAGGCGUUUGAUCAAUGGUUUUCGGGCCAAGAUCAGGAUCAGGAUACUGUCGUCCAGCAGCUCCACAAAGUAUUGCGACCUUUCCUGCUCCGCCGUGUCAAGGCGGAUGUUGAAAAGAGUCUUCUGCCGAAGAAAGAGAUGAAUCUCUAUAUUGGCAUGUCCGAGAUGCAGAUCAAGUGGUACCAGAAGAUCCUUGAAAAGGAUAUCGAUGCCGUCAACGGUGCUGGUGGCAAGAGAGAGUCCAAGACUCGGCUGCUCAACAUUGUGAUGCAGCUCCGCAAGUGCUGCAACCACCCAUACCUUUUCGAGGGCGCUGAGCCAGGACCUCCGUACACGACUGACGAGCAUCUCGUUUUCAACUCUGGCAAGAUGGUUCUGUUGGACAAGCUCCUCAAGCGGAUGCAGGCUCAAGGAAGCCGUGUUCUCAUCUUUUCGCAGAUGAGUCGUCUACUCGACAUCCUGGAGGAUUACUGUGUAUUCCGCGAAUACAAGUACUGCCGCAUUGAUGGUAACACGGCUCACGAGGACCGUAUCGCUGCUAUCGACGAGUACAACAAGCCGGGCUCAGAGAAGUUCAUUUUCUUGCUGACAACUCGUGCGGGUGGUCUUGGUAUCAAUCUGACGACCGCCGACAUUGUCGUGCUAUUCGACAGUGAUUGGAACCCCCAAGCUGAUUUGCAGGCCAUGGACCGAGCCCAUCGUAUUGGCCAAACCAAGCAGGUUGUCGUGUAUCGCUUCGUCACAGAGAACGCCAUUGAGGAAAAGGUGCUCGAGCGUGCAGCUCAAAAACUCAGACUUGACCAAGUAGUCAUCCAGCAAGGCCGUGCUCAUCCUGCUGCCAAGGGUCCCGCCGGCAAGGACGAGUUGCUCAACAUGAUCCAACACGGUGCCGAAAAGGUAUUCCAGACCAAGGGUGCUGUUGGACUUGGCGAGAACGGAAGCACCGAGCUUAACGAUGACGACAUGGACGCCAUCCUGGCCAAGGGCGAGAGCAGAACACAUGAGCUGAACAGCAAGUACGAGAAACUCGGCUUGGACGACCUUCAGAAGUUCACUUCAGAAUCUGCUUAUGAGUGGAACGGAGAGACGUUUGGUGGUAAGAAGAAGGAGAUUGGCAUCAACUGGAUCAACCCGGCAAAGCGCGAGCGCAAAGAACAAUCGUAUUCGGUGGACAAAUUCUACAGAGAGGCCAUCUAUGGAACAAGCUCCAAGGCGGAGAGCAAGCCGAAAGCUCCACGAGCGCCUCGUCAAGUCCCAGUCCACGACUACCAAUUUUAUCCUGCUCGCCUCAAGGAGCUACAGGAGCGGGAGACAGCCUUUUACCGCAAGGAGAUUGGCUACAAGAUCCCCAUCGCUGACGGUGACGAGGAUACCCUUGAAGAGCGCGAGGCCCAACGGGCUGCAGAUCAGGAAGAAAUCGACAAUGCUGUGGCUCUCACGGAAGAGGAGCAAGAGGAGAAGCAGAAGUUGUCGACUCAAGGUUUCAGCGAGUGGAACAAGCGUGACUUCCAGCAAUUCAUCAAUGGGUCUGCCAAAUCCGGUCGGACCAACUACGAGGGCAUCUCGGAUGAGAUCGACAGCAAGACACCCGCAGAGAUUAAGGCGUAUGCAAAGGUGUUCUGGCAGCGGUACACUGAGAUUGGUGAUUAUCAGAAGUACCUGCAAGUCAUCGAGGCUGGCGAGGAGCGUAGGAACAAGACGGAGCACCAACGGAAAAUGCUGCGGAAGAAGCUGUCCCUGUAUCGCGUGCCUCUGCAACAGAUGAAGAUCAACUACUCAGUCUCAACGACCAACAAGAAGGUGUACACCGAAGAGGAGGAUCGCUUCCUGCUUGUUCUACUCGACAAGUACGGCAUCGACACGGAGGGCAUCUACGACAAGAUUCGUGACGAGAUCCGCGAGAGCCCGCUGUUUCGCUUCGACUGGUUUUUCCUCAGCCGUACUCCUAUUGAGAUCAGCCGGCGGUGCACCACGCUGCUUACCACAAUUGUCAAGGAGUUCGAAGACGUCCACCCAGCCAAGAAUGGCACUUCUGGCAAGGGCAAACGUGAACCCGUAGAGGACGAGGAGAAUGACGAGGACAGCAUCCUUGGACUGGCGCCCGCGAAGAAGAAGACGAAGAACGGUGUCAAAAACAAGGCACUCGAUCAAGUCAAGGGUACUGGCAAGGGUGCCAAAGGGGCAAAGGGCGGCAAGGCUGCUGCGUCUGGCACGUCAUCUCGGGCGUCCAGUGUGGCGUCGGUGCCUGCCUCGAAGGGCAAAGGCAAGGGCAAGGGCAAGAAAUGA